GACUUUGGGAAGAGUUUCCAUAAACUACAUAUGCCGCUCCAAGUCUACUACUGGAAGACGACACACAUUCUUCUUCUUCCUUCAUAUUCAGUUCAGUGACUACGUAAACCGAUAUGGAAGAGGAAAACAUUCCCACCCCUCCAGAGGGUCCCAGAUACACACAGGAAGAAUUCCUAGCGAUUGUCAAUGAGCAGCUAAUAAAAGACUGCAAGUUAGAUGCUUGUAUAGACAAGUAUUUAAUGUCCGCUAAGAAUGAAAUGGAUAAGAAAAAUAAACAGGACUAUUAUCGGCGACCGACACCAGGGUUCGAUGAAGACUCGACCUGCCAGGAUUUGAAGAAGCAACUACUGGAUGAUAUCAAGCAUCAUGUCCCAGAAUAUUUUGCGAAUGAGCAGGAUAUGGCGCUGGAUAAUACAGGGAGCAAGUUGCGUCAACGGAUAGACUCUAGAUGGAGGAAGUGGACAUCUUCUCCUCAAAAGCUUGAAACGGAAAACGGAGAUUUCAACAAAAAGCUGGUUCAAAUCCUGUCUGAGAAUCGACUGCGCCAGAUCUCUGUACAACGUGAUACUGGAGCGUCUGAGGGGCCCUCCUCAUUGCAGGAUGGUGCAUUUACUGAAGUUUGUCGUCAGUUGAGGAAGUUGGUUGAAGGAGAAAAUUCUUCGGCUUCAUUCGCCUGCGGUGGAACAAUUCCGAUCGGGAAGGAUGACAAUGAACACAAUAGCAGUUGUGCGCCAGUUAACUUGUUCUGGAAGACUGGAGAAGAUACACAGGCCCAGAAGUUAGUGCUGCCCCUUACUGACACUCAGGAAUCAAAUGCUAGUCUGCUUCAACGACUGGUAGAUGAUUGUUCUCCUGCCACAUUCGGAAGAGGAGACCAAGAUGUUCUGGACCCCAGCUAUCGCAUGGCAGGCAAACUCGACACAGACAAGUUCGCUUCCAAUUUUCAUCCGGCGGACUUCGGUAUCUUGGAAAAUGUAGAACAAAUUCUACUUCCAAGCAUUAGGACGGAUCUCGAGAACUAUCUACAGUUCCGAAAGAUAACCGCACAUCUGUAUAAGCUGAAUGUUUACUCUGGGCCUUCAGGCCUCUUUCGUAAACACGUCGACACUCCACGUUCGCAGAACCAGAUUGGAUCGUUGGUCGUCUGCCUGCCAUGCGAGUUCAAGGGUGGAAGGUUGCUCGUCCGUCACGAUGGGCAGGAAGUCGACUUUGAUUGGGCCAGCGCAAGCACAUCAACUGUUCAAUGGGCAGCAUUCUACAGCGACUGCGAACAUGAGAUAGAAACAGUCACAGAGGGCCAUCGUAUCACCCUGACAUAUAACCUCCAUGUGACAGAAGCAGUGGGUCUUUCUCUGUUGCCAAACCCGGUUAUCGACCCGAAAUCGCUUCCGUUGUAUGAAUAUGUGAAGGGUAUCCUUGAAAAUCCUGCAGUUUUGAAAGAAGGUGGCGUCCUUGGGUUCUUCUGUUCCUAUGCAUAUCCGCACACUGCGAAGUAUGCCAACGAGGCCCUCCCAAGAUCCCUCAAGGGUUCAGAUUUGGUCCUGUAUUCAGUCUUCAAGUCUCUUGGGAUUUUUGUGAAAGUCGUCCCUGUAUUGGAACUCGGUGGCUUAUACGUUCCAAAUGAUCCGCAACUUGGGAUAUCAGGAAAGACAGAGAAAGGUCAAGGGUACAUACGUACGUUUGAAACAAACUACGAAGCCCGAAAGAAUCUCGAAAAAUUCCGGAAACUUGGCUACAUGGAAUCAUACUUGGGAUACUCAGGGCCACCGCAACGGACGGGAUUGGAGCUGGAAUACCAAGACAUUGGUGCGACUCUCUCGGACUGGGACGACAUCGAUAGACAUUGGAAAACGAUUCUGCUGGGUCGACAAGUGAAUGGACUCUCUGAGCUAGAAGAAGUACCGGGUGAUUAUGAUGAUUAUCAUGACUACAAUGAAAAACCAACAGGAACUCGGGUGGGGACACGUCUGCACCCUUAUUUCACAAGUGACAUAGGCGGGGAAGACAUGAGCGAGAUAGAAGUAGAGGGAGUGUGGCCAUUCUACCAUCUUCCCGGCAUAAUUUGGCUCACAGAACCCAAGAGAGAGGAAAUGGCUUUCACCCACCUCACAUACGGAAACGAAGCAUCGCUUGAUACACGAUAUUCUUGUGCUGCCAUUGUCGCCGUCAUUCCGCCUUGGAACGAGAGGAUGAACGAGAGGGGGAAUGUCCCUGAACAGGCGUCAUCUGGAGAAGCGGAGGGAAGUGGCUCUAAAAGAAGGAAGAGGGCUGCUGGGAAAUAAAAUGAGAUAGAAUCUCAGAUGAUGCUUUCAACACAGAGGUGAAUGGAGCGGGUGGUCCAUAGAUCCUUGCUAUCGACCGGUUCUAGUAUAUGCUACAAUAUCAGACAGUUUAGCUCGUCGUACUCAGAGUAUUGAAUAUUACUCGGUAUCCAAUAUGCAAUGGAACUAGCUUCCCGGGUGUGUGA